CAAAUGCUAAAACUAAUUGCGACCAAACUCCGUCUCAGCUUGGAAUUUCCCGGCUUUAGAGUACUUCAUAAAAUGGCCGAGAAGAAACUUUUGGCAGUACCGCUGGUGGAUAUAGAUGAGCAGGGCGUAUUCAAAUAUGUGCUUAUUAAAUUAAGUGCUAAACGGAGCUCGGAGGAGGCAAGCAAAACUAUCGUGCGUGGCUAUGCGGACUGCAAAUGGCACGCCGAUAUUUUUAAACGUACUCAGGAGUCAUUAAAGGAGACUGGCUUGGAUAUUUGUUGUCUUGGCGGGGGUCGCAUUCAACAUAGGCCAGACAAAAAGUACAUUAAAGUCUAUGGAUAUUCUCAAGGCUAUGGCAAAGCGGAUCACUCGGAGACUAAAAAAAUUAUCCAAACACAGUACGGGGACUACGAAAUCGAAAUUUCUGAUGAAGGUUAUUAAGCAACGACUCGUAUUUUUUCGGCAUUAAUGCAACUUCCAAUUAAAUAUCUGAGAAGAAAACUUUA